AUGGCUGAUCAGUGUAUUGUCUGUCUAGAGAACCUAGACGUGCAGGCAUCGCCAACAUUGCCAUUUAGCAACAACACCAAUUCUCCCACCCACGACGGUGAUAACAAAAUCGCCGUCAUUCAAGUUUGUGGCCACGUCCUGCAUGACGCUUGUUUGAGGGAAUGGACUGGAAAGGCAAAUAGUUGCCCCAUUUGUCGCCAAGCUUUCCAUUUGGUGCACGUUUACGAUAAAGUUGGAGGCACCGAAAUACUCUCGUACGAGGUCGAGGAUAAGAAACAAGUCGCCGAGUUCGAUCCCCAAGCCUGGUUAGACGAAAACCCCGAGGAAGCGGAUGACACACAAGAUUGCCCAAUCUGUGGCCAUGUCGGCCACGAAGAAGUUCUCAUCUUGUGCGAUGGCUGCGAUACACCUUACCACACAUACUGCAUCGGCUUGGACAGUGUGCCCCGAGGGCAUUGGUUCUGUAUGGAAUGCUCAGAGCAGGCUGCCGGGCUUCUCUCAGCCGUAGGGGAUGAUAACGACACAGCGAAUCACCUUGCAGGCUUCGACGGUCGGUCUGCCUAUCUACCUCGUACUCGAGCCUCAAUGCGACGCGCCAGGCAGCGAGCUCGCUCAGACGAAUGGCAGGGCGCUUGGGGCCAGAUAGCUGGCCGCGUGUGGGAUGUCCUGAACAUUGACCUUGACAACCAUGACGAUGACGAGGCUCUGCGGGACUACCGACGAUCUCAGCAGCGAAGGGAUCGAGAACGACGCGAGUAUCAGAGAUGGCAACAACGUAUCAAUAUUGCAAGUCGUCUUGGGGCCCACGACGUCUUCGCCAAUAACCUGUCCAACGUUCUCCCGCACCGUGUUGCACAACCACCGCCCCCACCGCCACCUCAAGAAACACCCGAGGAAAAGCAGGCAUGGGGGGCACUGGAGAAGGCUAUGGAGACCGAGAGCUCUACCCGCCCUUCUCCAAAUCAUCGCAAGCGUAAAUCUCGCUCUGUUACGGCCUCACCCGUCGAACCUGCACCGCAGCCGGAGAGGAAGCUGAAGCGACCUCGAACGAGACGAGUUCGUACCCAGUCGGAGGCCUCGACGUCGAACUCAACCUCCGUGCCAUCGUCAUCAACGAGUCUGCCGACCAGUAGUGGCCUAUCCUCACGCACCGCAGCAAGCCCGCCACCCCAAAGCUCUGAAGGGCCAUCUUUUCUCUCAUCGUUAUUGAGAGAAGUCGAGACGAGUCCGUCGUCUGAUGAUGAAAACAUCCGGGCACUGUUUGCCCCGAAGCCAGCCGUGGAUCCAUCAUCACCCGCGAGUUCGCCUUCACCAUCGGCGCACAGCAGUCCGAGAGCGCUGUCGACUACGCCGCCGCCACGUGGAGUUAAUGACCGCCCUGGGUCGCCUCUUUCACUCAGCUCGAGGAUUGAGCCGAUAUACCCACCGGCGAACUACGCGGCAAGUAGAAACGGGGGUGAUCACAGUGAUUCCGAAACAAGGUCGCGUCAAGUUCACCAUCAGCACAACGGAGCAAGCCGUUCCCCGGAGAUUCGACAACCACGGCCACGGCGCCAGCAACCUGUCAACAUCGGCACUAACUUGAUUCGCUCACAUGAAGCCUCGCCCACACGCGCGAACCUGCCUUUCGAGGUGAAGGAGAGCAUAAGCGGCAUCGUCAAGAACGCUCUUCAGCCGCAUUGGAAAUCCGGACAACUCACGGCUGAGGCAUACGCCUCUAUUAAUCGCGACUUGAGCCAUAAGCUGUACAAAGAGAUUUCCGAGGCGGCUCUCGACGAUAACGCUAGGAACCGCUUCGAGAAGAUUGCAAGUAAGGAGGUCACACGAGCUAUUGCGGACCUCAAAACUUGA